AUGGCUCUUCAUCGUCGUUUCGUGUUGUUCGAAGACGACAACAAAAGGGAGAAAAAUAAAAAAGAAAAUAUGAAAAUUAUUCGCGAGCAGGAAAAUUUCAAUGAUGAAAGGUUCCUGUCCACAAGAUUAUUAAAAAUCAUGUCAACAACAAGUGACAAGCGAGACGACGACGAAAUCUCAUGUAAUAAAAACAAAACAAAAAUGUUAAACUAUCAACACAAUGAAGACCUACCAUUGAUGACGUUGAGGGUGAUUAGCAAUGGAGGCGAGUUAGAUGGUGAACAACUGUAG